GUACCUCAGUAAAUAUAUUCUCAUUGAAGUAUCUUUGUACACUCCUUGCGUCACCUUCCUGUUACAGUCCGCUUCCUACCUUGUUCUGUAAAUCGACAUGUCACCUUCUGAUACUUCUACUACUUAUUCUCUCCCCACCGCCAACUCUCUGGCCACCACACCGGACGACAACCCCAGCUCCAAUGACUCGAACGAAGCGCCCACAGAGCUGCCAAAACCCAAGCUUCGUCUCCAGAUCCAUGACCUACGUCACUCCGGCUCCAAUGUUUUCACCUCCCUCGUCCCCGAUCUCGCUUCCACCGUCGACAGCGCCCUCGCAGCUAUUAUCAAGCACCUCUACAAUCCUCCCGGCCCGCCGAAACAUGAUGAAACAUGCACCGCCACUAUAUCUAAAGCACCAAUCCCAACCUUCACACCCUCUGUACCACCAACCCGUUCCAUUACCGUGUUCCUCCGUGACAUUGGCGGCGUAGCGUACACGACCGGUACGGAGCUGGACGAUGACCACAAAGAGAUUCAUGUUUCUCUCCAGUAUAUUCUUACGGCCACGAAGCUGCAAGACCCAAGAGCCGAAAUUCUCGGUGUUCUUACCCACGAGUUGGUCCACUGUUACCAACAUACGACACCUAUGCAGGGUGGUGACGCGGUACUACGUCCACCUGCAGGUCUGAUUGAGGGUAUUGCGGAUUUCGUGCGUCUCAAGGCUGGCUUCGUUCCGUCGCACUGGAAACGGCCGUCAUCCGCAAAGGAGAGAGCCGAAAAAUGGGAUCAGGGCUAUCAGCAUACGGCGUUCUUUCUGGAGUGGUUGGAAGAUCUGCGGAUUGGGAGAGGUGCAGUCGGAAAACUGAACGACCAGUUGUUGCGUGUCGGAUAUGUAGGUGAAGACGUGAAAUUGGAAGACGAGACGCUUGAACUUGGACACACGAGCUUCUGGAAAGGUCUGUUUGGAUCGGGGGUCAAGGAACUUUGGGACGAAUAUGGCGAGUUCAUUGAUAAACACGGUAAGCUGAACACAGAGAGAAGCAGUGGGAAUUGGGAGGAUGAAAUCGUCAACCCCUCCGAGUGACUGCCGGAAGAACGCAUAAAUAACAUAUUCCAUUCAGGCUGUACGUGUAAGUGUAGAGUAUAGUGAACACUGAUACGAGGGGUCUCGUACUGAUCUUAUCCUGCAAGCCGAGAUCAUGUAAUAUGCAUUGAUUCGGUACAUACAUCUAUGUACUUUUGUCUAAGAACUAGACCUCACAACGACGCUGUUCUAAGGACCAUUUCCGGUCUAAAGCAGAUUGAGGUGAAAAUGCGGAA